AUGGCAAACUCUAUACCCAUUAUUUGCUUCUUCAAUGGGAGCCUCGGCGUCGGAUUGAAUAGUAUGCUGAUGUAUGAGGGAGGUUCUAGGAAAAUGUUUAUGCUAUCCAAGUCAUUAAAUUUUGAUGGAAUGAUGAAUGAAAUACACAAAGUUACGAAAAUUAAUAAAGCAUGUUAUGCAAUUAAAGUGUUCUUCAAUUGUCCGGUAAAUGAGAGUAGAACUAUUGCUGUGGCGAUUACCGACGAUGAGGAAUUGAAUGACAUGAAACAAUUAGUGGAGAAGCAAGUGUCAGUUGAGUUGUUCAUUGAGAAGUAUCCGAUUCAAGAAUUUGCCCAAGCUUCACGACCACAAGGAGAGUUUUCUCGGAUGAUGGACUUAGACAAUGAGUCGAGUGGUAUAUACACCAUGCAGCCUGGACCGGUUAGUGAUGAGGUCCUAUAUGACCAGCCUCGACACCGUUCACAUGUUAUAUCCUUGACAGAGAGAGGCCCGGAUAUUGUUAUGGUUGAUCAUAGCCUCAGCCAUAGCCGUUGGCAUCUAGAGGAUGAGCGCAUAAUAGCAGCUGUAGGACGGGCCGGCUUCUUGACAUGUUCAAAGCUUCGUUGGAUGAGGCUCGAUUGGCCCCUACUCACCGCUUUGAUAGAUAGGUGGAGGCCGGAGACCAACACUUUCCACUUCCGAAUGGGAGAGUCUACUAUUACGCUACAGGAUGUAGCUAUGAUACUUGGUCUCCGCAUAGAUGGUCCGUGCGUUACCGGCAGUGAUAGACAUUUUUGGCCGGACAAGUGUGAGGAGUUGUUAGGUGUAGCUCCAGAGUCAAUGCCUGGAGGAAAUAUUAAAUUGAAGUGGCUAAAAAAUACAUUCUCGGUACCGUUGCCUUUUGAUGCGCCGCAAAUAUUGAUUGAGCAACAUGCACGUGCAUACAUUAUGCACAUGAUCGGUUCAAUAUUAUUUCCAGAUUCGAGUAAAGAUAAAGUGCAUGCCAGGUGGUUACCACUUAUCGGGGACUUGGACACAUGUGGUGCGUUAUCGUGGGGUAGUGCGGUUUUGGCGUACCUAUAUAGAGAGAUGUCUAAGGUUGCAUUCAUGAAAAAUAGUGACCUCAAAGGGUGUCUCAGCUUACUGCAAGUAUGGGCAUGGGAGAGGCUGCAUUUGAAGCCGAGACUAUGCGUGAAUUUACAAUUAGACGGACAAAUUCCACUAGGAUGCAGAUGGAAUGUCCAAAAAUGUUUUGACGAGACCCCGGCGAGACAGUUAGAUUUCUACCGAAAUGAGCUUGACCGCAUGAAGAUUUUUCAGAUGGAAUGGGAGCCCUACACCCCAUUUCUCGAUCAUCUACCCCCGAUAUGCACAGAAUACCCAGUUAUAUGGAGAGCCAGAGUUCCUCUAAUAUGUUUCGAGAUAGUAGAAAUGCAUGUACCGGACCGCGUGCUUCGACAAUUUGGUCUUGCACAACAUGUUCCACAACUUGUUGAAAAAAUAAAGAGGAAGGCGAAGAAAGGAGGCCAUCAAAAGGACUGGGCAGCUGAGCAUGAAAAUUAUAUACACAGAUGGAAUGAUAGACAUUUUUGUAUUGUUGAGCAAAUCGAGCCAACUCCCCAGGAAUCAGAUUACUACACUUGGUAUUGGAGGAUAACUAGAAGAUGGAUACUCCAUGCGACCACAUCCCCGGUUGAGUUGCAAAGAGGAUAUGUGCCUCGGGGUAUAGAUGAGAGAGAAUUAGGAAUUGACAUGAGUUUGUACAGGGAAUUGAUAUAUGUGUUUAUGCAAUGGUGGAAUUAUCUCGUAGCAGAAGUGUAUGGUGAAUGUGCAGGAAAUGCACGGGACUGCUAG